AUGGACGAUACUUUCUACGAGCGAAAGGCGUCAACGAACGAUGGCUUCACGCACGGGUACUACUGGAACACGGGGCAGCUCGAAGUGGCCACCGACCGGACCAACCCGCACCGGCUGCCGAAAGGAGCUUUCGAAGUGAACAUGAAUCACCAGCACCAUCUGGCGGGCGGGACCAGCGCCACCAGCGGCACCAGCAGUCCCGCCCAGCCCGGAGACACCGGAGUGGGCAGGCUGAAGGGGGCGGCGGCGGCCACCGACCCGACGGCCGGCGGCUACUGGGGUCCCGAUCCCGUCAAGGGUCCUGGGAUGGGGAUCGGCCUCCGGGACGCGGUGUUCGAGCCGGGCCCUAGCUACGGCUACGGUGACGACGGCUGGAGCCCGCGGUCCGGCAGUGCCGCCGCCUCCCUGUACCUGGGUGCCGGGCCGUCCGAUGGCGGCCAGCUGGCCAACGGCGGCGUCCGGACCGGGCGCAAGCUACCGAACCCGACGCGGACCGGCGGCAGCGGCGCCGGGAACGGCAGCAAACGGCAGCUGCCGCAACCGAAGGGCGCUGGGUCGCUGUUCGGCAGCAGCGACCUGCGUCUCGCCCAGUCGUCCUCGUCGUCGUCCCCCACCGUCCGGAAGCUGCCGAUCCCGGCCCAGCGGCAGCUGAAGGGCGGCAGCGGCACGUCGCCCUCGUCAGGACCUCAGCCACCGCUGAUCGACAACUUCAACAUCGAUCUGUCCGUGAAGGCGCGCAAGAGCAUUGCCGGUCCGAUCGACGACGACGGGCUGAAGCGGUUGAACUCGAACAUUUUCGGUAACUCGAUCAACUACUUUUGCGAUCUGUCCCAGAACAAGGAGAACUUUAUCGCCACCUCGGCGUUCUACGUGAACGACGACGACGCGGACGACUACUGCUACAGUGACUUUUUCAUGACCUCAUCGAUCACGCUGUCGAGUAGAAAGAUCAAGAAACUGCCGAAAAUUCAGACCAUUGCUAACCACCCUAGAUCAUCCCAGUCGAUGUCUUUUAUCGCAGCGGACGUCAACGCGGCGUACCGGAACUUCUCGAUGGUCGCCGAAGCACCGUACAACGAUGGCACGCAGCAGCACCAGCAGCAGCAGCACCAGCAGCAACGUCAGCAGCCGCCGGCCAUCGGCUACUACGAGCAGGACGAGUACGGCGGCGAUACGGGGCUGGGGGGCCGUGACGUUGGGUACGGGUCGGUGCCGCCGUACGGGGGGAGCGCACGCCGCCUACCGAACGACCUGCCGGCGGCUGGAACGGGCGGCUACUGUAACCACAACCCGAUCUACAGCGAGCAGGUGGCGGACAGCAACAAAAGCAGCACGCACGUCGCCGCCCUUCUGAACGGCGUCGGCCUGGGGGGUAAGGGAGGCGGCGGCGGCGGCGGCGCCGCCACCAAGAAGCAGCUGCCCACGAUUCAGGGCGGCUCGGCACGGUUCGGGGGCCACGGAAGCCACGAGUCGCUCGGCUACCCUUACAAACCGCAGCAGUACCCAACCACCAGCAGCAGCAGCAGCGCCAUGGGCAGCGUACACCGGGAUGAGUUCUCAGCCGCCGGUGGCGGCGGCGGCGGCGGUGGGCUACACAACGGACACCGGGAGCACGGCGGCUACGAAGCGGCCGGCGGCUUCGGCGAGCCGCUAUCGAGCGGCAAGCGGCCCACGCUGAUGAACGAUCGUGUGACCGCCCUGAAGAGCCGUAGCAGCAGCCGCAGCAGCACACCCGUCUCGAGUGGCAGCGGCCGGACCACGGACUAUGGUGCAGCCGCCGGCGGCGGCAGUAAUCGCCAGGGGUACGACGCUUACCAGGGCUACGACGCGAUGAGCGUCGUGUCGAACGCCCUGUCGGACUCGACGACGACGACGGCCACCGGAGCGACACCGACGACCAAGCUGCUACCGACCAAGCCGUCCACGUCAUCGUCAUCGGCCAAUGGGGUAGGGACGGCCAAGGGGUCACACUACCUGGCCCGGAGCCCGGACAAGAAGCCGCAGCUCCGGCGAUCACCGGACCGAGUGAUCGACACCCUGUACUACGGCGGUGGCGGUGGCGGCGAUGGCGACGGCGAUCUAACCGAUGAUUCGUUCCUGACGGCCACGGACCAGAGCCGCGACGAGCAGCGGCGCAGCUCGUACGAGCGGUCCAAGUACGGGGGUGACCUCGACACGGAUAGCUCCUACGACGGUGGCUACGGCGAUAGCCUAGACCACCUGGACACGGCGCCCGCAGGGGCGGCCGCCACGGCGACCAAGAAGCUACCGAAGGUGGCGGACGGUGGUGGUGGUGGGAUCGCCAAGAAGCAGCUCCACUUCUUCGACGAGCGCGAAGAGUGCUUCGACGAGGAGCUGGAGGAGCUGGAGCAGGCUAACGCGGCCAAGCAGCAGCAGCAGCCGCCCGGGGGUAACGGAGCCGCCGGCACCCCGGCCGGCAGCUCGGCCAGCACGAACGCCCUGCUCGAGCACGGCUACGACGCGAAGGUGGACAAGCUGGACCCACUCGGCGGCUGUGGGCCCACCAUCGGAGGCGGCGCAGGUGGUGCCGGAGGUGACAUCAGCAUCGUCAACGGGACCGCCGGAGGGGCGACGGGGGCGGCGGUUCCGGCGGCCGGUCCGGACCGGACCAUCGUCACCGACAUAUCGAAGGACAUCACGCAGCAGCAGCAGCAGCAGGGCAAGCGCGACAACUUCAACGCCCGCGACAAGUGGCUGUGGGCGUACGAUCAGAUCAUAAACGUGAGUACCACCACGUGA